AUGAUUUUACAGGACUUUCUUCAAUCGCUUUACAAGUACGGUAUAUACCGCUCGCUUUGCUUCUCUUGUCAUCCACACGACGUCGCCGCCUUCUGGAGUUUACUUUUCGCUAUUUCCAAGAUCGUCGAAUUAGGAGACACUAUGUUCAUCGUCCUUCGGAAGAAACCACUCAUAUUUCUGCAUUACUACCACCAUGCCGCUGUACUCAUUUAUACAGUGCACUCAGGUGCAGAACAUGCGGCACCAGGUCGAGCUUUCAUAGCCAUGAACUUCCUCGCUCAUUCAGUCAUGUACACUUACUACACCUUCACAGCUUACGGAAUACGUGUACCAAAAUGGGUCUCGAUGGGUGUCACAACUAUUCAAACCGCUCAGAUGUUGGCUGGAGUAGCUGUCUCCUAUAUUGUCUAUCGAAUUAAACCGAGUCCAAUCUGCCGUAAGUCCUGCUAUAUUACAGUAACCUUGCGACUUGGUACUGUAUUGAUGAAAAUUCUUUCCAGAUGCCAGCAAUCAAUGGCCAACCUCUAUUUGGCCUUCAUCAUCUAUGUCACGUUUGCUGUGCUGUUCCUUCAGUUCUUCUACAAAGCCUACAUCGCAAAAUCUAAGAAGUCAAAGACUUUAUAA